AUGCCUGUUAGCAGUGUGGCUUCGGUGUUAGGUGUGGCUGUUUCAGGAACUCCAGGUGGUGUCUCUGUUCAAGUUCGACCCAAUGUGUCCGUGUCCGGUUUGAAUACUUCCAUCGCUCCUCGGUUAGGCAUUCCGACCAUCAGUCAGCCACGAAUCGUUGGGACGUUGAUGAGUUCAACCCCAUCACCGGUUACGGUCGGUCAGGUCGCUCCAGUUGUAUUACCUCCUGGUUCACGUCCCCCCAUUACCCAACCUCCACUGCUUGCCCCUGCUCCACCCCGGACCUCAACCACAGUGCUUGCGGGUUCCGUAGUUAGUACAAACUCGUCCACCUCCAACGCUACUCUUGGUGCUUCUUUACCCAAAUAUCGUUUAACCCAACCACUAAACAGUGUGAUUACUCCACAGACUGUGGCAGCUAUCCUGCCUGCCACAUCGACAAACACAGUCGUUUCCACUCGACUCACCAAUGCCACAAACACAUUGCGUGCCAAUUAUCCAAAUCUUCGUCCCGUUCUUGCCCCUUCCCCUGCCAGCUCCACAGUCACCAGUACUCCAUCUACCACUUCCCUGAGUCUGCAAUCCUUAAAAUCUGCCACCACGGUUUCUCUUCCUGCCAUUGUACGGACAAAACCGGACGCAUCAGGACGGACAACGAAUCACCAAUCACCNAGUCGAACCUCAUCCCAACUGCUGUCAUCGGUCACGGCUGCGACCCCCACCUCUAACUCACUCACCGCUGGCACAGUAUCAUCCGCCAGUGCCAGUGGUAGUUUACUUCUGAUGGAUAGUACCGAUAGAAAACCCGAUUUGGCUGAGGACUCCCGAUUUCGAUCUAUUUCGCCGAGUCGAGAUAAACCGUUUUUUCCACCCGAGCAAAUUCGUCAGGUGCUCGCCAGUCAUGGCUUUACCAAUAUGAAUGAAGACGCGGUCGUUUGCCUGGCACACGGUUUACAAUCGUUUAUGAGGUCUCUUUUGGCCCGACUCAGUGUGGUCGUGUCGCAUCGGUUAGAACGAUUGGCGGACGAUCCGCGCCUCAAUCAGACAGACUGUGUUCGGGAGCAGUUGCAAUUUUUGCAAAAAUUAGAUGAACACGAUAUGAUGCGGCAAUCAGAACUGGAGAAAGAUCUGAUUCUGAAAGCUGCCAAGGUAAGUAGUGGUUCGUGGAUUAGAGUUGAUUGCAUUUUCUCGCUCUCUCCCCCUCCAUAA